AUGAUCGAAGAAUUUCUAGAAGACGAAGCACUCAUCCUACUGAACAAUAACGAUCCCACUAGACACAAUGUUUCGAAUGGAAAYUUUUCUGCAAUUGAUCUAUCGAUCACAAACACUAACUCCUCAACACUAUUUGACUGGCAAGUACUCACUGCAUACAGCGACAGUGACCACUGGCCUAUAGGAAUCCAAUACCAUAACCAUGCUAAUCAAAAAAAACAUUCUACUAAAUGGAAUAUUAAAAACGCAAACUGGGAUCUCUUCUUGGAGAAAAUCGAAUAUGAACUAACUCAAAACCCUCUCAAUUUAAAUAUAAAUGUUAACCAACUAGAAAUAGAUUCCAUAAUCACAACAUUUACAAAYACCAUUCUAGACGCAGCCAACCUAUCAUUAGGACUAAAAACAUACCAAAACACCAAAAAAACUGUCCCGUGGUGGAAUAAAGAAUGCAAACAGGCUAUCAAAACCUAUAAAAAAGUCUUAACCAUUACAAAAAAACUAAAUCCACCAUAG